UAUUGCUUUGGUGAUAUAUGGCAAGACCGUUUUUUCAUGAUUUUAAAACUAUAACAUGCUAAACCUUGACAUUUGCGUAGGAAUUUAAUAUAUUUAAUUUAUAAGAUGUUAAAGGAAAUGUAAAAAGCGUGUAUAUAUAUUAAAAUUGUUGACAAAUUUUCAAAUAUGUUUCACUGCUAGAACAAUUGUGUAAGCUCUAUGCUUCAAACUAAAUUAAGUUAAAGGAACAUAGCUGCUAUUUGUUGAUAGAAAUAACAUGCAACUUCUUAGAUAAUAAUGAUUAGUACAAUUUUCAUAAAUUUGUUUAAAUUUUGAAAUCUAUAAAUUGAGUAAACUGACAUGAAAACAUAGUUAAGAAUUUUGAACUGUUGGCCAAUAAGUCGAAGAAACGGCAUCGCUACAGACUUUUUAAUGGCUAUAUAUCUUAAGAAAUUUGCGAAAUCCAUACUAAUAGGAAUACCUAUUGGCAUAACAUUUUUCGACUGUGUGGGGUAUGUAGCCAGAGUGGAUGGAAUUUCCAUGCAACCAGUUUUAAAUCCAAGUCAAAAUCAAACUGAUUAUGUGUUUUUAACGAAAUGGGCUGUGAAAACAAAUCGAAUAGAACGCGGAGAUAUUGUUUCACUCAUAUCACCUAAAGACCCAAGACAAAAAAUAAUCAAAAGAGUUGUGGGCCUUGAGGGGGAUGUUGUUUCAACAAUUGGUUACAAACAAGAAAUUGUUCGAGUACCGGAAGGUCAUUGUUGGGUGGAAGGUGAUCACACAGGACAUUCAUUUGAUAGUAACUCCUUCGGACCAGUUGCGAUGGGCCUUAUGACAGCGCGAGCUUCCUUCAUUGUGUGGCCACCAGAACGAUGGCGUAGAUUACCAUCAGAACUGCCUCGUAGAAGAAUACCAAUACAAAUAGCCAAAACAAAUUAUUACGGCUCAUGAAGCACGAUAAUAACUUAUAUAGUUGAAAACUGUUUCAAUUCAGAGGAAGCAGUGCUUCCUUAUUAUAAUUAUUAGU